UUGAGCUAGUAUGAUAUAAAGGUAGAGUGAAAGUUUAAAAAAAUGGCGACGACAGGGCAAGAAAUCGUAAUAGUCGGAGGAGGGCUGGUUGGAGCAUUAAAUGCCUGUUUUUUGGCUCAAAGAGGAUUUAAAGUGAGUUUAUAUGAAAUGAGAGCAGAUAUUCGUACACAACUUCAUGUAAAAGGGCGAAGUAUAAAUUUAGCGCUGUCACGGAGGGGACGUGAAGCUUUAAAGAUGGUGGGUCUAGAAGACAUGGUAGUAGAAAAUGGGAUACCAAUGCACGCUAGAAUGAUACAUGAUUUAGAUGGUACUCGAAGACCAAUACCAUACGGUGAAAAACAUCAGUACAUUAUGUCAGUUGACAGAAAACAUUUAAAUGAAGUUUUAUUGAAUGCUGCUGAACAGAAGGGUAUCAAAUUGCUUUUUGAACAUAAAUUGAUACGAUGUGAUUUUGACAGGGGAAUGGUCAUUUUUGAAAGAGCAGAUGAAAGUCAGGUGACUGUAUCAUGUGACCUGAUAAUUGGUUGUGACGGAGCGUUUUCAGCAGUACGGAACCAGAUGAUGAAAAGGACGAGGUUGGACUAUCAACAGGAAUAUAUACCCCAUGGUUACGUCGAGUUGACUAUACACCCCAAACAAAAUCAGUUUGCUAUGGAAGUAAAUUAUUUACAUAUUUGGCCACGAAACGAGUUUAUGAUGAUAGCAUUACCUAAUCAAGAUAAAACCUACACCACUACUCUCUUUAUGCCGUUUAAAAACUUUGAAUCUCUGAAAACCAAAGAUGAUAUUAUCGAAUUUUUCCAGAAAUAUUUCCCUGAUUCCAUUCCCUUAUUAGAAGAAGAGAAUAUCAAAGAAACAAUGUCCUCCACUCCGGCUCAACCACUCAUAUCUAUUAAGUGUCAUCCGUACCAUGUUGGAACGAAAGGGUUGAUAAUGGGUGAUGCUGCUCACGCUAUGGUGCCAUUUUAUGGGCAGGGGAUGAACGCGGGUUUUGAAGAUUGUAUUGUAUUAGAUGAACUAAUGGAUGAAUACAAAAAUGAUUUUACGAAAGUUUUACCAGCUUAUACAGAGAAACGUCAUGUGGAUGCUACAGCUAUUUGUGAAUUGGCUAUGUAUAAUUAUAUUGAGAUGAGAUCUUCUGUCAACUCUAAAUUAUUUUUAUUGAGAAAAAAGUUGGAUAAUUUUUUACAGAAAUUAUUUCCUAAAUCAUGGAUUCCACUUUAUACGAUGGUCUCCUUCACCAGGACGAGGUAUCAUCAAUGUAUCGAACGCAGAAAAACACAAGAUAAGAUAAUCCGAUGUUUAAGCUAUUCUAUCAUUCCAUUGGUUGUUGGAGUCACUGUCAUAGUAACCAAACGUAACGAGAUUGGACAAUAUAUUUCAGAUAUACCGCUUAAUAUCUCACAGUUAAAAAUAUCAUUGGAUAGAUUUAUACAUAGAUUUUUAUAAUGCGAUGAAAUAUUUUCUUGUGAUUUUGGUCAACUGUUUGAAAUGAAAUGAAAUGGAGUUUUACGUCCUACUUAUGAAAAUUAUGAUUCAAAUCUAGUCUUUCUAUUAUUUGAAAUUCCAGCCAUAAUCGCACCCUCACUGGCACCCCCACUGCAUUGAUUGUAAUGUCCAUCCAUAAUUGAUUGUAUCUUUUUAUUUGUUGUAAUUUUUAUAAAUCAUUACCUUGAAG